AUGCAGCAUAUUCCGAAUACAAUUGAGGAACAGUUGAUUUGGAAAGCUGUCCAUGAAGAAUGUCCGUGGGAGAAUCUAACAAAAAGACUUCAAGCUACUCUUACUUCUAAAGAAGAGUGGUGCAGAAGGAUCAUUGAACAUUGCAUUAAGAAAAGACUCCAGUGGAAUAAGUGUUUUGCUCGCAAAGUAAGCAAAGAAGGUGAUUAUUAUGAAGAGAUGAUGCGUUACUUACGAAAAAAUCUAGAGUUAUUUCCCUAUCACCUUGCAGAGUAUGUUUGUCGUGUGAUGAGGUUAUCGCCUUUCAGAUAUUACUGUGAUAUGAUCUUUGAGGUUAUGAGAAAUGAACAACCAUAUGACAGCAUACCAAACUUCAGUGCUGCUGAUGCUUUACGACUUACAGGAAUAGGGAGAAAUGAAUUUAUUGAUAUCAUGAACAAGUGCAAAUCUAAGAAAAUUAUGUGGAAGCUGAACAAGUCAAUUGCCAAAGAACUGUUACCUACACAACCUGCGGAGUUUACAAUUGAACCAUGGUGGGGAGUCUGUCUUGUCGAUUUUACACUGGAAGAAUUCAAGAAACUCACAGAAGAAGAAAUGGCAACAAUUGAUAAAGUCUGUAAGGAGGAAGCUAAUGCAUUUAUCCUGUUUGAUGGUGACAUUUUGAAGGGUCUUUAUCGUAGGGGAUUGAUCUACUUUGAUGUCCCUGUCUAUCCUGAUGACCGCAUUAAAGUUUCCAGGCUUGAAGGGUUUGUUUCCAACAGAGAGCAGUCUUAUGAAGACCCCAUUGAGGAGUUACUGUAUGCAGUUUUUGUUGUCUCAAGCGAGAAUGCCACUGUUGCUGAAUUGGCAGCAACAUUACAGGCUGAUAUUUCUCAGCUGCAAGCCGCUGCAUCUUUUGUAUGCCGAUUGGGAUGGGCAAUAAAGGUAAUAGACCCCGCAUCGGUUCUUCAGGAUACAAGUGGGCCUAACACUCAAAGAGUCACUCUCAGUGAUGAUGAUGAGGCUUCUCUUGCUAGUAUGGGCUCAGCAAACAUGUCAGCUGAUGGCGAUAUUGGUCAACUAGGAGAUGUCACAGGAAUGGAAAGCCAUGGACCAUUUUCUGGCCUUGUCCGUGUAGCUUUUGUUGUUGAUGCUAAUAUAACAUCAUAUCUUAUGAUGGGCUCUGUUUCACCAGGCUUGAAAUCUCAUGCCGUAACAUUGUAUGAAGCUGGAAAAUUAGGUCACGGUAGCAUUGCAGAUCUGUGCAAGGAUCUGAGUACAUUAGAGGGAACAAAAUUUGAGGGUGAAUUGCAGGAAUUUGCAAAUCAUGCGUUCAGCCUUCGUUGUGUCUUGGAAUGCCUUCUUUCAGGUGGAGACUCCACUGAUGCCAGAACAGAGGAAAAUUAUGACAAGAUGGGCCCGUUAACUUCAAGCACUGAUGUUACAUUGACUGACGACUCAGGUAAAAAUGAAGCUGGACUUAGUAUUGAUAAUUCCAUGAAUUCUAGGCCUCAUGAUGAAUCUGCUUUGGAUGAUUCUGUUCCUGGAAAAACUGGUGAUGAGAUAACUUCACCUACUUUAUCAGAAGACACUAGUUCAUCCAGUGAAGUCUCUAAAUCAGGCCCAACUUUCCAGAGUGAUGAGAAGCUGAUACCAAUUGAAGAGUCUGAUGUUGGAAAAGAUACCUCAAGAAAGAAAAAGAAAUAUCGAGUGGAUAUUCUGCGAUGUGAAAGCUUGGCUUCUCUGGCCCCAGCAACUUUAGAUCGCUUGUUUCUUCGUGACUAUGAUAUUGUUGUGUCCAUGAUUCCUCUUCCUCAUUCAUCUGUAUUUCCUGGACCAAGAGGUCCUAUUCAUUUUGGUCCCCCCUCUCAUUCAUCUAUGACACCAUGGAUGAAAUUGGUACUCUAUUCAACUGUGGCAAGUGGCCCUGUAUCUGUUGUUCUUACGAAAGGACAAUGUCUACGCAUGCUUCCUGCUCCAUUGGCUGGCUGUGAGAAAGCCCUCAUAUGGUCGUGGGAUGAAUCUACUAUUGGAGGUUUGGGAGGUAAGUUUGAAGGAAAUUUAGUGAAGGGAGGUAUACUGUUACACUGUUUAAACUCUCUUCUUAAGUACUCAGCUGUCAUGGUGCAGCCCCUAAGUAGUUAUGACCUUGAUAAUUCUGGAAGAGUUGUUACUGUGGAUAUACCGUUGCCCCUAAUGAACUCUGAUGGUUCAAUUGGUCAAAUAGGAAAUGAAUUGGGACUUGGUGUAGAAGAGAGUUUGAAACUAAAUACUCUGUUAACUGAUUUGACAAACAAGAUAGAAUUGUGGACGGUCGGUUAUAUUCGUCUAUUAAAACUUCUCAAACAAAAAGAAUCGAAUAACUUUUCACCUGAUGAGAAUUAUGAUUGGGUUCCAUUGAGUGUGGAAUUUGGGAUUCCACUUUUUAGUCCAAAAUUAUGCAACAAUAUUUGCGAAAGGGUUGUCUCAUCACAAUUACUUCAGGCAGAUUCUCUCACUGAGCAUUAUGAUGCAAUGCAAGGCCUUAGAAAAAGGUUGCGUGAUGUUUGUGCAGAAUACCAGGCAACAGGUCCUGCUGCUAAACUUCUAUACCAGAAAGAGCAAUCUAAGGAUUCACCUCGACAACUCAUGAACUAUGCUAGUGGAAGAUGGAAUCCACUUGUAGACCCUUCGUCUCCCAUCUCAGGAGCCACGAGUGAGGAUCAGAGAUCAAAACUUGUUAGUCGUCAGCGUUGUUGGACUGAAGUCUUGAGCUUUGAUGGUAACACUUUGAGAUCUUAUUCUCUGACUCCUGUGUAUGUAGCUGCCACAAGGCCUGUUGGAGAAAACUCAUCAGUAAGUGCGGCAAAAACUGAACCUGAUGAAGCCGACAGCCGAGAAGUAACAUUACCUGGAGUUAAUCUUCUUUUUGAUGGUGCAGAGUUGCACCCCUUUGACAUAGGUGCUUGCCUGCAGGCUAGCCAACCAAUUUCCUUAAUAGCAGAGGCUGCUGCAGCCUCUGCAUCUGCUGCUACCAAAUAGGAUUCCUCCAGUCUUUGCUUGGAUGUGUAUACAAGGAUUUAUCCAACACUAACAAAGGCAAUUGUCAGCUUAUCAUAUCCUUCCUGUUAGAUUUUCUGGGUUUUAAGUGUUUAAAUUUUGGACAGGUUAUGUAAGCAAGAACUAAGCAGCUUAAUUUGAAGAAACAGAACACUUUUUCUGGAAGAGAGCAGCAGAGG